CGUCAUCUCGCCCAACAUGCCCAUGGAUCAGUCAACUAUAGCAUCGAGCGAUACGGCCAUUCCUCAGCCCGACCCAGACGAUAGACUGGUAGACCUCUUCGUUCGCGGCGGCUACCCGGUCGACCGCGAUGUGAUGUUCUCCUUCGCGUGUAACAUCUCUGAACACCUCAAGCAACGGAAGCCCAAAGAUUGUGAGGAACGCGGCGUGAUCUUCAAUUGUGUCAACGACGUGCUCGGCUGUUACGAGGAUGUGGAUUGCACAGGCGUUGGCAACCCCGCCGACCCCGCCGGAUACACGUGGAUCAUCGCUACGACGCCGUUCAAACGCGUGCAGGUCCGCCGGUCUGAGUUGGACAACUUCAGGAAGGACCCGUGGAGGCCGCCGUCGGCCUUCGAGCUCCAGGAGAGCCCACUGGAUGUCGAUUUCAAGGAUUACUUGGCCCAAAACGGCGUAUCUGGUGAUUCAAAGCAUGCAGGACUUGCUCGCAGUGCUGCAUGGCCCGCUCGGGUUCGAGGAGAAUUCCCCGUUAGCCACAAAUUCUAUGCGUAA